UAAUUGCAAUCAUAUAAUCAAGAAUUAGGCUAGGCCUAUAUAAUAAUCCUGCAGUCCUAGGGUUACCCUCCCACUGGGCCACCCCCCAGCCCUGCUAAGAAUUAACAAAUCACCCACUGAUUGCACAGGUGUUCCUAAUAAAGUGCACAGCAAGUGUGUAAUACUAAGGAAGAUUACAUUCAGCAUUCAAAUCUGAUUACUUUUAAAUGUCCAGUGAGAGAAAAAAAACAACAACGUUGAAACUCAUCUUUUACUUUUAAACGCUGACCGGUAAUGUUUUUCUAAUUACUGCUUACUUGACACCGUAUAUCUGAUAUCGUUCCAUUAGAAAAAAACCCUCCGCUUUAGCUUUUACUUGAAGAACCAGAGAAGGAGGAGGAGUAGACACAGGAGAUGAAAACAGAAUACAGGAGGAGGGGAGAGAAGAAAAGAAAAGGGGGAGUGGGAUUCAUAUAGCUAAAAGAGGAUUAGAGCAGCCUGAGCCAUCUGCGGACUGAUAAGCCUGUUUACAUCAAUUACCAGCUCUGCUGCUCUCUACCCUAAACUCUCUGAAAACACCAACAAUAACAGCUACAUCACAAUAUUUAAUUAAGAGUUAAUUAAAUAUGAUAUGUUGUCUUUAUAUGACGGAAGCGAAGGGAAUGAAUCUGACGUCAUCCCGUUAACAGCGGCGUACGUCCGUCUCCAAUAGCAACCGAGCUCGCUUGUGUCUCUAAUAAAGGAUGGAUUCCCUUACAGAGAGUGAAAUAUCACAGAUAGCGAGACUCCAGAGAGAGGCUGGUCUGCAGAGACUCAGCUGUUACUUCUCAUGGCCAGACUUCUGUGAUGAGCGGCGGCGCUUCCAUCAGGAGUUUGUGUAUGACAUCGCUAUGUUCGCAGCAUCCCGUGGCUUCUCCUGGCCUAAUGUGAUCCAGGCAGCCGUGAUUGCCAAAGACAUCUUCCCACAGCUGGACGGUCACGACGUACCUAAACUGUCAUCCAUGCUCAUGGACACACUGUCCGAGCGUUUGCCAAACCUAACCGCCGUCCACCGACAUGAGUUCGCCCAGUACCUCACAGACACCUGCAUCGCUCAGCGGAGGCUUUUCCAGGCGGUGGUGAGUGGAGCUGCUAACAUGUCGAUCGCUCAGGUACACUUGGAGGUGCAGCUGCCACCCACACCCUGUCCUCUAGCACAGGGCAUGGAGCUGCACGAGUGGGAGCAUCAGCGCCAGCAAGCCCAGCUCACAGCGACUUUGCAACAGAAGGAGGAGGAGCUGAUGAGUCUCAGAAACGGGUCAAGGGUCACUCUAGGGGAGGUGGAUGUUCCUGAGGAUGAGCAACUGGACAAAGAAGUUGUCUUGGAGCUGGUGCGUGCAGCGGUGAGGGCCACAGAGGGUCAGAUGCUGGCAAGUCUACAUCAAGAGGUCUCCUUGCUCAGUGACAUCCUGCAGCUCAAACUGCAGCGGGCAGCGUUGGCCACCGGGAGGCUCCACAAUCCUGUUCCAGGUCACAUCAGCCCACAUCCAGACGUGUCGGCAAAGGCAAAGCGGCACACAGCAAAAACUAAAGCAGGACGCACAGUGUGACAGGGGUUACACAGUGAAUAAGGUGCUUGAGUUGUGGGUGUAAUUCUUGAUGUUUCUGAACUGUUUCAUUGUUUCUGUGCAGUAAAUUUAAGCAUUAUUGGUAAGGUUGAGUGUUUUAGAUACAGUGUGUUUGUAAGUGUCAGAGGAAAAGUCAUAAGAAAUGGUUUCAAACAAGGAUUUAUUUAGAAAAGUCCUUUUGAUUUAACCAGAAAAGCAAAUAAUGGCAAUAUAAAUAACAUCAACAUUUACAAAAACUAACAGAGAGCUCUACUUUCCUUAAAUAAAAUGGCUGCUAAUGCCUUCAUUGAUUCAACAUUCAUAAAUAUUUAGCACCCAGGCUGCAGCUUCUAAACAGAACAGAACAGCAACAAUAAAAAAUAUUUAAAUAUAAAUGAAACAACAA